CACAAUCUUAGAUGGGCCUAUCUACCUUUAGAGGGCUUUUAAGCCCAUAGACCAUAGUGUGUUUGUUCGUUUUCUCGAUUUCAUUUUCAGUUUCGCCAAUUUUCGGUUUUAUCUGACAGGUGCCAAAGAAAGAAGCUUUCGCGCCAAAAUUCCUCCGAUUUCUCUCUCAGAUUCCUAGCCUCUCUUGUUCCUUCAAUCUGCAUUCUACUCUCUUUUAGAUUUCAUGUUUGGACAAGGUGAUUGAAUUGAAGUUCUGUGGAAUCGAGAAAUCAAACAAGCAAGUUUCGUUUCGGUAUGCCAACCCUUGGACAUGUGAAAGUAGCAUCUGACUGCUGAAAUGAGAUGCAAUGCAUGUUGGCGAGAAGUAGAAGGGCGGGCCAUUUCCACAACAUGUGGUCACCUAUUGUGCACAGAUGAUGCCAAUAAGAUAUUAAGCAAUGAUGGAGCAUGCCCUGUUUGUGAUCAAGUCCUUUCAAAGAGUGUCAUGAAACCUGUGGAUGUCAAUCCCAAUGAUGAGUGGGUCAAUACGGUCAUGGCAGGAGUGUCUCCACAGAUAUUGAUGAAGAGUGCACAUAGAAGUGUGAUGUUCUACAUUGGGCAAAAAGAACUGGAGUGGCAGGUUAAGAUGAACAGAAUGCAACGUCAAUACAGGCAGAAAUUUGAGGAGAUGCAAGAAAAGUUUAAUGAAAAUGUAGAGCAGGCGCAUACUGCCUACCAAAAGAUGGCCAAGAGGUGCCAGAUGAUGCAACAGGAAAUUGAGAGCUUAACCAAGGACAAUCAGGAACUUCAGGAAAAAUUUGCUGAAAAAUCCAGGCAGAAGAGAAAAUUAGAUGAAAUGUAUGACCAGCUGAGAAAUGAGUUUGACUCGGUGAAGCGGUCUGCCAUACAGCCUGCAAGCAACUUUUAUUCUAGAAAUGAGCGGGAUUUGUUCUCCAACCCGCCUAACAUAAUUGAUGAAAGAGAAACUUGUAGACAAGGUCCGCCGGUAUUCACUCCUACCACCCCAGGACCAAGAGAGGAUGUAUGGCCAGCGAGGCAGAAUAGCAAUAACUCUGGUCAGUUUGACAUAUCUGUUGGCUCACCGGCAAAACAAAAUGUCAUUGCAGGGGAUGCCGGGAACAGAAGGGUUGGUGCUCACCCUGUUUUUCGACCUGGUGCUACUAGUAAGCCAUCAAUGACUUUGAGGAAUUUGAUAAUGUCUCCAAUAAAACGGCCUCAGCUCUCACGUAACCGCACCCAUCUCUUCACGUGAGGAUGAAACUCAAGUCUGCUAAUAUCGUCUACUAUACACUACUUAAUCUUCAUGUAUUUUUGAGUUUCAGACUGUAGGCUCAAAGGGGGCUAACCUUCUAUGCUGUCAGUUAAGCGUUGUGGUUGGAUUCUGGCUUUAGUUUCUUUGCUCUUUUUUACCAUUUGGUUAUUUGUUACUUUGAGCAGAGAAAAACGGCUCUAAUGUUUGCGCAUAUGAAUUCGUAGUCCGCAUAAUGUGUUAUGAUAUUUUAAACUUUACACCUUCAAACUCUUGUAGAUGAAGAGGUGCUAACUACCAAAAACAAUGUAUAUAUCGUUUGUUUUUCCGAA